AUGGCCCCUCGGUACGCCAAGGACCAGCCCGCGGGGUUCACCAACCGCAUUGAGCGUGUUGCCAUCGUCGGGGUCGGCGGCCAAGUCGGCAGCGCCAUGACGGCAGCCCUCCUCUCGACCGGCAAGCACACCGUCACGGCCGUCACGCGAGCGAGCAGCGAGACCAAGGUGCCCGAGGGCGUCGUCGCCGCCAAGGUGGACUACGACGACGAGCAGACGCUCGUCGAUGCCCUUCGCGGCCAGCAGUUCCUCAUCAUCUCCAUGGCCGUCACGGCGCCCCCGGAUUCCCAGGACAAGCUCAUCAAGGCGGCGGCCAAGGCCGGCGUGCCGUGGGUCAUGCCCAACUGCUACGGCACCGACGUCGAGGACAGGGAGCUCGGCGACGAGAACCUCACGGGCCCGAGGGUGCGGGCGGGGAUCGAGGCCGUCGAGCGGGAAGGCGUCGGCUCGUGGGUGGCCAUGUGCUGCUCCUUCUGGUACGAGUACUCGCUCGGCAUGGGCCCCGGCUGGUUCGGCUUCGACUUUGGGAAGAAAAAGGUGACGUUCAACGACGCCGGGACGACGCGCAUCAACACGUCGACCUGGGACCAGUGCGGACGCGCCAUCAAGGCCCUCCUGAGCCUCAAGGAGCUGCCCGACGACGCCGACGACGACGCGCCGACGCUGUCGAGGUGGCGCGACAAGCCGCUCUACAUCUCGAGCUUCCUCCUCUCGCAGCGAGACAUGCUCGACAGCGUCCAGCGCGUGACGGGCACGACCGACGCCGACUGGCAGAUCGAGCACGAGGAGAGCCGAGCGCGGUACCGGCGCGGCAUGGACAUGUUCAAGCAGGGCGAGCUCCUCGGCUUCGGCAUCUGCCUCUACACCCGCACCUUUUUCCCCGACGGCGGCGGCAACUUUGAGGCGACGCGGGGGCUCGCCAACGACGUGCUCGGGCUGCCAAAGGAGGACGUUGAUGAGGCGACGAGGCGGGCGCUGGCCAUGGUGGACGGAGGCUUCGGGCCGCCCAAGAGGGGUUGA